CCUUUUUCUCCCUUUCCAUCCCCCAUCUCAAUUUCCCAAACCCGAAAUCCCCUCUCUCUCUCUCUCUCUCUCUCUCUCUCUCUCUCUCUCGCGUCCUCGUCGGGUUCUCGGUGACGCGAUCGCGUUGGAGGAGCUCGAUCGAUCGCGGAUCCGCUUCGUUGCGAGGCGCAAAGAGGAGGGGAUCGGCGGAGCCAUGGACUCCGGCGGCGGCGGCGGCGGCGGCGGCAGAGGAGGAGGAGGUGGUGGAGGUGGGGCGAAGGAGGGGGCUCGUCCUUCGACGGUGGAGGAGGAGGCGCAGAAGAGGAGCACCGAUUGCGUCUACUUCCUCGCCUCGCCAUUGACCUGCAAGAAGGGCAGCGAAUGCGAGUAUCGGCACAGUGAGGGUGCGAGGGUUAACCCCAGGGAUUGUUGGUACUGGCUGAAUGGUACCUGCUUGAAUCCGAAGUGUUCCUUCCGGCACCCGCCACUCAGCCUGUUCGGUGCCACAGUAGCUUCAGUUCCAGCUCAACCUCCAGCUACACAAGCUUCAAAGCCAGCACAAAUCCCCGCGCCUGUUCCUGCUUAUAACAUGACCAAGCAGAGUGUUCCGUGUUAUUACUUUCAGAAGGGUAACUGUUUAAAAGGUGAUAAGUGCCCUUUCAUGCACGGACCACAGUCAGCUGGAGCUCCUCUUCCAGAAAAGGCGACAAAGGUUUCUAACUCUCAUAUCCAACCGCCGCAGACUAAGAAUAAGGAUUCAUGGACUAUGAAGGACUGCAAGCAGAAAAACAGGCCUAAUUUCCAGAAAACCCCCCCUUCAGCCAGUGCUGCUAAUACAAUUAUCAGUGCUCCUAAGCCUCUUGCAGUCCCCUCUACCUCGGCGAAACCCGUCACCAAGGUUCACAGUGCACCUAGUAAUGUACUGCCUCUCAAGAAGACUGCAGUUGAUGGACAUCCAAGAUUCAAUCAGAUUCAUCUUCCUGUAGAGGGCGGCUCUGUUCAAAACUGGAUGCAGAAGUACGAGGUUAAGCCCAUUGAUGACUGGCUGCAAAAUGGUAGUAGGCAUGCUGAUGAGGUCUUGAGGGAGUCCUCUCCCGGUUUUGAUGUUCUUGUGGAUAACGAUGAUGAAGAUCCUGAGUACUUGCACAAUCAGGACGAUUUCGGCAGAAUAUCAAGUGGAAGGUACUUAGAUGCUUUAGAUAACUAUGAAGACCGCCAUACUGAUGAUGACCGUGUCCUUGCUAGUUUUGAAAGAGAUCGAUAUCAUGGCAGAGGCGAACCUGAUUGGCUUGGGGAGGUACAGAAUGGCUAUGGAUUGGAGCAGCGGCUUAGGAGCUUGGCUGAGAGGAUUUCGGACAGACCAGGAGGGCUUUUACAGCAAGAAGGUGAGUCGGAUUUACGGGAGAAGCUACUAAAGCGAAGAAGGCUUAAUGGUUUAAGAUCGACCAUCAAUCCAGAUAGCUGGAGUGAGAAACCCUAUUCGAGGGAUGAUAACUAUGUUGGGGAGAAGCAGCACAGCUCCAUAAGCAACCGCCUGAGCGGGAGAAUAAGAUUCCCCGGGGGAUCUUCGCCUAAUAGAGUUAAUCUGAGGAGGGAGAAAGAGGAAGUAAGGGGACUUCGAGGCAGAUUGUCGCCAGUGAAGGCAACAGAAAUCCAUACAAGGCACGAAGAACGGAGGCGGAGGAAGUCGAAUGAGGACUUCCCUACUGGUUUGAGGAGUUUCGUGGGCAGGAUCAGUCGCAGUAGAGAUGUCGUUCCCUCCUCCCUAGACUUUGCUGGCCCGAAGAGUCUCACAGAGCUUAAAGGUUCGAAGGUCACUGAGACCAAGCCUGCCAAAGUAGAAUCUGAAGUGUCCCUCUCGUUCGAAGGUCCGAAGCCACUGAGUGCCAUAUUGAAGAGGAAAAGGGGGGCGCAUUCUGGAGAUAAUUUACAAACUAGUAAUAAAAAAGAAGAUAGUGACAGAGACGUAGAAGUUGGUUUGCGGUCUAUUACUUCAACAGUGGAGGAAAAUGGCAAUAAUAUCGUCAGUAAGUUCGAAAAGGACAAUGCCAGACUAAAUGAGGGAGAUGAGGAAGAAGCGAAGGGUGUGGUCGCUGCAGCAGGCGAGGAUUUUGUUUAUGACAACCAAGAGCUCGACCAUGAAAAUGCAAGAGACGGAGAGCCCGACUAUGGCUUCGAAGCAGCAGAAGAAGAGGAGAAUGCAUAUCAGGAGGACGACGAUGGGUUGGACGACGACGACGAUUUCACUAAGAAAGUUAACGGCAUGUUCUCGUGAGAUCUUAAGGCGACGUUGGUGCCACGUACUUCCGACUGCUGCUGCUUGUGAAUGUCGCAAAGAAUAAUGGUGGCGAUUCUGUAUUUUCUUUUCGAUUUUAUAGUGUUCCAGAUGCCUUAGUCAUGAUAGAGUGGAAGGGCAAAAGAUAAAAAUGGAGGAUAGGUCAAGUGCUCUGACUUCUGAGGGGUGCAAUCUUAGGAGUCUCUGGGUUUUGAUGUCUAUGUUUUCUGAUCCUUGUGCUCUCUCCCAGCCUUGUGUUGUAUUAAUAACCUAACAGAUUUUGAUUAUGUUUCUCUGUUUAUGCAUCAAAUUGGGUUUAAUAUAAUUGAAUCACCCAAACUGGGGUGUAUUUUGACUCCC